AUGUCGUCUGAAGCAACCGCCCCAAAGACAGAAGAGAACGCUUCUGCUCCACAACCUCCAAGUUCCAACGUUUUUUCUAUGUUUGGAGCCAAGAAGGAAGCCAAGAAGGAAGACUCAGAUGAAACCAAGAAGGAAGAUAAAAAGGAAUCCAAGGAUGAAGAAAAGGAAGACGAUAAGGCCGAUGAAGAAGAAGUCGAUGUUCACUUUGAACCAUUGGUGCAAUUAGAAAAAGUCGAUGUUAAGACCAACGAAGAGAAUGAAGAUGUUUUAUAUAAGGUCCGUGCCAAGUUGUUCAGAUUCCACGCCGACACCAAGGAAUGGAAAGAAAGAGGAACGGGAGAUGUCAAGUUCUUGAAGCACAAGGAAUCUGGUAAGACCCGUAUUUUAAUGAGAAGAGACAAGACUUUGAAGGUUUGUGCCAACCACUUAAUUGCUCCAGAAUACGAGUUAAAGGCUAACAUUGGUUCUGACAGAUCAUGGGUUUACAACGUCACUGCAGAUGUUGCCGAAGGUGAACCAGAAGCACAAACCUUAGCUAUUAGAUUUGGUAACAAGGAAAAUGCUGACAAGUUUAAAGAACAAUUUGACAAGGCCAAGGAAACCAAAUAA